UUCGGCGUCUCUCGUUUUCUGUGAGACGCAGUGAAUUUUCUGGACCGACUGGUGACACAUUUCUUACAAAAAUGAAACCCAUCUUGCUGCAGGGCCAUGAGAGGUCCAUCACUCAGAUCAAGUACAACAGAGAAGGGGACCUGCUCUUCUCUGUAGCUAAAGAUACGGUAGCCAAUGUGUGGUACUCUGUCAACGGUGAGAGGCUCGGCACCUACAAUGGACACACAGGAGCUGUGUGGUGUGUUGACUGUGACUGGGACACUAAAAACGUACUGACAGGAUCAGCUGACAAUAGCUGUCGACUGUGGGACUGUGAGACGGGUAAACAGCUGGCUCUGCUCAACACCAACUCUGCUGUCAGAACGUGCGGCUUCGACUUCAGCGGAAACAUCAUCAUGUUCUCCACAGACAAGCAGAUGGGUUACCAGUGUUUCCUCAACUUCUUUGACCUGAGGGAUCCACAGCAGAUCGGUACGCAAACACACACACAUGCGCGUGUGCACACACACGCAAUGCACACAGAUGUCCCUUACUGACUACUUUGAGUAGAU